AUGCAGGGACAGAUCAAGUUCGCGAUCGUGGAUGCGCACACGAAGACUCGAGUGUGGAUCGCAGUGGAAGUUCUCUAUGUAGAAGGAGCGACGAAUCUGCUGUCGCAGCGAAUGCUGUACAAGGAGUAUGGGUUUUUCGCGCAGACUAGUGAGGACCAGGAGGUGACUACACUGACGCACCGGGUGAAGCACAUUACCUGGACGUUUGACAUGGUGGGUGAACUCUAUCAAACAAUGGUAGAAGUCCAGCGUCCACAACCUACGCUGGCCGUAUUGCAGACCUCUGCUCAGCCUACCAGAAAGCUUCGGAAGUGGCAUCAUCGCCUCGCUCUUGCGAACUGGCAGGUGAUCAAGGACAUGUCAUCGAAGGAAAUGGUGAGAGGCUUGGAGCUGACGAAAGAGGAUCGUAGCGGGAAAGCGCAAUGUAUCGAUUGUGAUAUGGCCAAAAUGAAGAGAAUGCCCUUCAAGAAGACGACACCAGAACGUGCAAAGGUGCCGUUCGUCAAAGUUCUGAUGGAUCUGGGCUUUCUCAGUGUGCCUACGUUGGAGGGUAACACGGUGUACUUGCACCUCAUUGAUGAGGGAUCGAGGUACCAGUGA